GUUUAAGACUCUUAAAAGAGCCCUUGACGAAUAACAGGAGAAAAUAUGGACUUCUAUUUUGGCAAUGGUUCCGCUUUGUUCUUCCUCAGUCUGCUGAUUCUUUCAUCCAUAUGAUUCUGAUUCUGAUUCUGAUUGAUUGAAAAUCAAAGGAUUAAUUCCUGAAGAUAGAUUUGGAAAUCUUGUUUUCAAUCACAGUUCAAAUUUUGCGCUUCGAUUUUUGAGUUCGUAAUUCGGUUAAACCCUAAUCGUUCUUCGAUUUUUCUGGUUGUUUUGCUUAUGGGCUCUGAUUCUACUACAUCUCUUGCUCCGGGGUUUCGAUUUCACCCCACUGACGAGGAAAUUGUGCGCUAUUACCUUAGGCGCAAGGUUUCUGGCAAAUCUCUUCGUUUUGAUCCUAUCUCCGUUACUGAAAUAUAUAAAUCGGAGCCUUGGGACCUUCCUGGGAAGUCCAAGUUGAAGACCAGGGACUUGGAGUGGUACUUUUUUAGUCCUUUGGAUAAGAAGUAUGGUAACAGUUCGAGGACGAACAGAGCUACUGAGAAUGGGUACUGGAAGACGACUGGGAAGGACCGGCCGGUUCGACAUAACUCCCGAGUGGUUGGAAUGAAGAAGACUCUUGUUUACCACAGCGGGCGGGCGCCUCGUGGGACUCGAAGCAAUUGGGUGAUGCACGAAUACAGACUUACGGAUGAGGACUUGGAGAAAGCUGGGGUUGUGCAGGAUGCUUAUGUGCUUUGCAGGAUAUUUCAAAAGAGUGGUUCAGGCCCUAAGAAUGGAGAACAAUAUGGAGCUCCAUUUAUUGAAGAGGAGUGGGAGGAUGAUGAAGAGUUAUCUCUGCCUGGGGAGGAGGUUGUGGCCAAUGAAGGGGUAGUGGAUGUCGAUGAUGAUAUGCAUUUUGAAGUGGAUGAUAUUGCUCAGCAGUAUUUUGAUGGAGAGCUUCCAUCUGAAUAUGCUCAACCUCAAUCAAAUUAUCUUCAAGAUGCUACCAAUCAUGUUGAGCUACCCAAUGUGCUUGUUGAAAAUGAUAAUAAACCAGAAGUAUGCGCAGGCAACACAUUUGAGCUACAGCAAAGUGACGAUUUCUUUCAAUUACCAGAGCAAUAUGGGAUGGGUGGGAACUCCGAAAAGGAUGGGUGUUUUGCCGAAUCAAGUGGUAAUUUUGCUGAAUCAAGCGACAAUUUUAAGCACGAGGAUAUUGAUUACUUACUUGAUGAGCCUUAUCCAAGUAUUCUGGAUGAUUUUGCCCUCAAUGAGGAAUUAUUCCUCGAGGCCAAUGAUCUUUCAAAUCCAGUUGAAUCUGAUCCAACUGGUGUCGACGUGCUUGAAGAGUAUCUUACAUUCUUUGAUGCAGAUGACAACUUACAGCUGGCUUUUGACCCGUCAGAUAUUUUGGGUAGUGAAGAACCUAUUUCUGGCCAAGCAACUCUUGAAGAGAAAGUGAAUGGGGUAGCAGAAGAAGAGUUCAUGGCUACAAAACAAUCGUCCAUGGCAUCCAUAAAUGAUGCAUCUACUUCAAAGCAAAACCCUGCGGCCAUUGAAACAGGUUCAGAUUCAAAAUCACCAUUCUUCAAACGUGCCAGCUACAUGUUAGGAAACAUCCCUGCUCCUCCUGCAUUUGCUUCAGAGUAUCCAUCAAAAGAUAUGGCCAUUAGGCUGAACUCAGCAGCACAAACUUCCAGUUCAGUUCAUGUAACUGCUGGAAUGAUCCAUAUAAGAAACUUAACAUCAAGUGGCGAUCUCGGGAAUACCUUAUAUGGAAAGAACGCAGAUGUCAACCUCAACCUCAUCCUUUCUCUUGCCCCCCGUCGACAUCAAGGUGAAAGUGAUGACAUGAUCUCCCAGUUGCCAUUAUUUGGUGCACAAUCUGAGAAGAAUGGAACUAUGGGGCCAAGAGGCUUCUUGUUCUUCUUUCUGCUUUUCUGGGUCCUAAUACUUUCAGUGAGCUUUAAAGUUGGGAGUUGCAUAUAUUCACAUUGAUGAAGAAAGAAGAAUCAAGCAUUAGCUGUGGUAAUGAAUAAAAGCUUGACUGGCUGCAAAUCUCCCUCUCAAGCAGCCAAGAACAGCAAUCUUGCAUAUUUGUUAUCGCCACCGAAACACUAUUUAAACCGAGGUGGACUGGAACUUGCCCCCCUUCUCACCCCCGCCCCGAUCUCCAGGGUUUGCCUUUUUAACUUUAUAUUCUUUUGUUUACAGAGCUGUUUGCACACGAUAGUUGGAUGGGCGGUGAAAGGCUCUAGCAAUAGCCCCACACACACUAUAGGGAGAAGGGAACAUUUAUACUGCGUAUAUAUUACUUUAGGUUAUAUUUGGGUUUCUUUUUGGUGUUUUGAUCUCAAAACCCCUACUUUCUUUAAUCGUUAUUAUAGAUAUAUAUGAAAAAAGGGAAUAGAAGAAGCUUUCAUUGCCUCUGAAUUUGUUGAUUUUUUUCCAGCGGGUGAGGGAUGUGGCCAUUAGGUUGAAUAUUAUUAGACCAGAAUCUGUUCAGUUUUGGUUGAUUUAAAUCUAGUUUGUGGUUCAGCCUCA